GACCGCGGCGGUGUUCCCACAGACGUUUUUCGGUGCCGCUGGUGAUGUAACGCGUACAUCUCACGGCUCACUACUCUACACACUGUUACCACCGCCGCCCCCGGCUUCCGAGGCAUGGGACCCUUCAAACUCUGAAGUGAGAGGCACCGAGAGUCAAAACCGGCGAGAGGAAGAGAAAAGGAGAGGAAGAGGAGAGGAAGGGGGCUGAAAACAAAACGACCAGAAGGGAACGAUGGAGUCCAUAUUGUCGGAGCAGUCGGCCGCCGUGGACGAGCUGGUGGAAGCGAGCAUCCGGGCCUUCGACGAGAAGGGCACUUUGAAGGACGCGUCCUUGGUCCGCAUGUUCCUCAUGAUGCACCCGUGGUACAUCCCUUCAACCGACAUGGCCAAGAAGCUGGUGCUCAAAUCGCAAGAGGAGAGCUGCACUGCCGAGCGCCGCACGAGGAUAUGUCACCUCGUCAAGUACUGGAUCUCUGAGUUUCCAGCGGAGUUCAAUCUGAGCCCGGAGCUGGCGGACCAGAUCAAAGACUUUAAAGACCUCCUGACCACGGAGGGCAACGCGAGCCAGAGCCAGCUCAUUGACCUGGACAGCGUGCCAUCGUACAAGUGGAAGAGGCAGGUGACUCAACGUGUCCCGUCGGUGUCCAAAAAGAGGAAGAUGUCCCUCCUGUUCGACCACCUGGACUCCUGUGAGCUGGCCGAGCACCUGACCUACCUGGAGUACAAAUCCUUCUGCAAGAUCCUGUUCCAGGACUACCACAGCUUCGUGAUGCACGGCUGCACGGUGGACAACCCCAUCCUGGAGCGCUUCAUCACGCUCUUCAACAGCGUCUCCCAGUGGAUCCAGCUCAUGGUGCUCAGCAAGCCCACCGCCCCGCAGAGGGCCGCCGUCAUCUCCCACUUCAUCCGCGUGGCACAGAAGCUGCUGCAGUUGCAGAACUUCAACACGCUGAUGGCCGUGGUGGGCGGCCUCAGCAACAGCUCCAUCUCUCGUCUCAAAGACACGCAGGCCCACAUCAGCGCCGAGACCAACAAGGUUUUCAACAACCUCAUUGAGCUGGUGACGUCGUGCGGCAACUACAGUCAGUACCGCAAGCGCUUCUCCGAGUGCUCGGGCUUCCGCUUCCCCAUCCUCGGCGUGCACCUGAAGGACCUGAUCGCCGUCCACGUGGCGCUGACGGACUGGGCCGACAAGGAGAAGACGCGGGUCAACCUGGCGAAGGCCCAGCAGCUGUACGCCAUCCUCCAGGAGCUGGCGCUGAUCCAGAUCACGCCGCCUCACGUCGACGCCAACACGGACCUGCUCAACCUGCUCACGGUGUCUCUGGACCAGUACCACACAGAGGAGGAGAUCUACCAGAUGUCUCUCCAGAGAGAACCUCGCAAGCAGGCGCUGAACUCUAGCUCCGCCCCCGCGCCCGACCCCAAGCCCAGCAUGAUCGACGAGUGGUCCGUGUCGGUGAAGCCCAACGCCGACCCGACGGUCAUCAAGAAGCACAUCGAGAAGAUGGUGGAGUCGGUCUUCAAGAACUUCGACUCCGACGGCGACGGACACAUCUCGCAGGACGAAUUCGAAGCGAUCCGGAACAACUUCCCCUACCUCAGCAAGUUUGGCGAACUGGACCAGAACCAAGACGGGAAGAUCAGCCGGGAGGAGAUGAUCGACUACUUCAUGAAAGCCAGCUCUCUGCUCAACUGCAAGAUGGGCUUCAUCCACACGUUCACGGAGGCCAGCUACGUCAAGCCCACGUUCUGCGAGCACUGCGCCGGCUUCAUCUGGGGCUUCUACAAGCAGGGAUACAAGUGUAAAGCCUGCGGGGUGAACUGCCACAAGGCCUGCCGAGGCCGCCUGGCCGUCGAGUGCCGGAAGAGGACGAAGAGCAUCAGCCACGAGACGCCGCCGGCCCUGCAGGCCCGAUCCUACAGCUUCCCCCCGCCCGCCAACGGCCCGCUCGGCCUGCAGAACACAGUGAUUGCUGAAGAGGAUAUCGAGUCCCUGGAGGAAGGCGUGUUUGAUGUCCACCUAUAACCAGAAUCCCUUCCAACGGUUGUGUGAGAGAAGCGGCUCGUCGGAUGGGAGCCAGACCCAGAGUGUGCUGCAGUCUGUCACUUUUACAGCCCCUCCUCCUCUCAGCGCUCACACCUGAGCACACUGAGGACGCCUCGGUGCUGCCACCCGGUGGACACACGCCGCAACUGCCCACUCCAGGAGAACGUGACCGCCGAUGGGGAAUGGAAUGUCUUUGUAUGAUUUUCUGUUUUUUUUAAAUUCUGUCUUUUGGCCAAAAGUGUUACUGUAUAACAAACUAUAUGUUAAAAAAAUAAAUAAAAAAAAAAUCCACAAAAUUGUAUUUUCUGGAGUUUAAAUAUAAUUUGAGUGCAAUUUGCUGCAAAUUGUAACAUCUCUCUACUUUAUUUCCUUCGUCUUUAGAACAUAUGUAUAAAAGAGGUGCUGUUAUGUUAUGUCUGAGAAGCGCUCCUUUAUGUCGAUCAUCAGCUUGUUUUGAAAUGCAUUUCAAUAAUAGGACCAAUUUUGAUGUCGGAUGAAACAAAUAUUGUUGAUGUGUGGUGCCCGUCUAAAGCAUGAUGACAAAAACAACCCCUCUUUUUAUCCAACAAAGGAAGCAGCUGAAAUGAAUGUGUGGACAGCUAUAAUCAUGAUGGGCUUUGAACAAUACUAUAUAUAUAUAUAUAAAAAAAAAUCUGUCAUGUUUACCUGAAUAUCAGUAGCGGUCCUAUAGUUAUUCCCGUGGUGAUGUCUUUGGGUAUCCACGAUGUCUCGUACCAGUGCACUGAUAGACGAGCCGUCCUCCUGCAGUACGGUGAAUGGAGCGCUCACGGUGGAAGCUGCUGUCACAUGAAGACCUCGACUUCCCCCAAAUAAAGACGGCAUGGCAGCUCGCCACGACUCAUCCAUCAGUUGUGAAAGUAAGAAUAACACGAUCAAAAGAACAACAAUGAAACCUUUUCAUUUGACAGCGGUGUAUAAAUCUUAUUCUGUUUUAUGAAUGCCGGUCGUAUUUGAGCUCUUUCUAUCCUGCAUGCUUCGCCUCUCGUGGCUCUAUUCUCCGGCCAGACUGGAGUCGUCUUAUUCUAUUAUUAAUUUUGUACGUAGCAUGCCAAGUCUUUUUCUUUUCUUUUUCCGGAAACAAAAUGAAAGUGUUGAGAUUCCAGACAGAAGAGCUGCGUGGCGCCUGUGGAGAGAUGAAUUCAGAUGUCGAGUGCCAUAUUGUUAUUAAGUGCUGGUUUAGUCAUUGAAUGAGACUCCUCAAGACGCCGGUAUUUCAUUUAGCUGAAUGUUUUGGGUUCUGUGUCGCCGCCUGACGGAAAGAUGUUUGUUGUCAUUCUGUGAAUGAAUCUUUCAGACUGAUGUCAUGCUCCUCGUUGUAUUAAAUGCCGUCCGUGCGUCACUCCCUU